CCAUUGCCUGUACCAGCGCGGAGGUGGGGGAGGCUCUGAGAGUGGGUGGGAGCCGGAAGGCAGUGGUGAGCAAGGCCAGAGGGGUGUGCAUGUGUGUAUGUGUGCGGGUGUGUGUAUGCGUGUGUGGCUGGCCUCACAGGCAGUCAGCUGUGCUGGGGAGAGAGCCAGGGAGGGGCACGCUCAGCCCUGCCAUGCCGGCUGCUGGCCGCGGGGGAGGGGGAGCGGCAGGAGGAGAGGAGCUGGCGGCCAGGGUGUGACGAGGCCAGCCGGCCAAACGGAGGUGGCUGUGCCGCCUGCUGCCUGAGAUGGGGGGACAGAUCACCCGGAGCGCCCUCCACGACUCCAUUGGGGGCCCCUUCCCUGUCACCUCUCACCGAUGCCACCACAAGCAGAAGCACUGUCCGCAGGGCAGCGCCGGCGGGGGGCUCCCGGCCACGCCGCUGCUCUUCCACCCGCACACCAAGGGCUCCCAGAUCCUCAUGGACCUCAGCCACAAGGCCGUCAAGAGGCAGGCCAGCUUCUGCAACGCCAUCACAUUCAGUAACCGCCCGGUCCUCCUCUACGAGCAAGUCAGGCUGAAGAUCACCACGAAGCAGUGCUGCUGGAGCGGGGCGCUGCGGCUGGGCUUCACGAGCAAGGACCCGUCCCGCAUCCACCCCGGCUCGCUGCCCAAGUACGCCUGCCCCGACCUGGUGGCCCAGAGCGGCUUCUGGGCCAAGGCCCUGCCAGAGGAGUUCGCCAAUGAGGGCAACGUCAUCGCCUUCUGGGUGGACAAGAAGGGGCGCGUGUUCCACCGCAUCAACGACUCCGCUGCCAUGCUCUUCUUCAAUGGGGUCCGCACGGCUGACCCGCUCUGGGCCCUGGUGGACGUCUAUGGCCUCACUCGGGGCGUCCAGCUGCUCGACAGCGAGCUGGUGCUCCCGGACUGCCUGCGGCCGCGCUCCUUCACCGCCCUGCGGCGGCCGUCGCUGCGGCGCGAGGCCGACGAGGCGCGCCUCUCCGUCAGCCUGUGUGACCUCAACGUGCCGGGCGCCGAUGGCGACGAGACCGCCCCGGCCGCCGGCUGCCCCAUCCCGCAGAACUCGCUGAACUCGCAGCACAGCUGCGCGCUACCCGCGCAGCUCGACGGCGACCUGCGCUUCCACGCGCUGCGCGCCGGCGCGCACGUCCGGAUCCUGGACGAGCAGACGGUGGCGCGCCUGGAGCACGGGCGCGACGAGCGCGCGCUCGUCUUCACCAGCCGGCCGGUGCGCGUGUCCGAGACCAUCUUCGUCAAGGUCACGCGCUCUAGCGGCGCGCGGCCCGGCGCGCUCUCCUUCGGCGUCACCACGUGCGACCCCGGCACGCUGCGGCCGGCGGACCUGCCCUUCAGCCCCGAGGCCCUGGCGGACCGCAAGGAGUUCUGGGCCGUGUGCCGCGUGCCCGGGCCCCUGCACAGCGGCGACAUCCUGGGCCUGGUGGUCAACGCCGAGGGCGAGCUACACCUCAGCCACAACGGCGCCGCCGCGGGCAUGCAGCUGUGCGUGGACGCCUCCCAGCCGCUCUGGAUGCUCUUCGGCCUGCACGGGGCCGUCACGCAGAUCCGCAUCCUUGGCUCUACCAUCCUGGCAGAGCGAGGCAUCCCAUCACUCUCCUGCUCCCCAGCCUCCACACCAACUUCACCCAGUGCGCUGGGCAGCCGCCUUUCCGACCCCUUGCUCAGCACAUGCAGCUCUGGACCUCUGGGCAGCUCUGCUGGCGGGACAGCCCCCAACUCGCCAGUGAGCCUGCCCGAGUCACCAGUGACCCCAGGCACGGGCCAGUGGAGUGAUGAGUGCACCAUUUGCUAUGAGCAUGCGGUGGACACGGUCAUCUACACAUGUGGCCACAUGUGCCUCUGCUAUGCCUGCGGUCUGCGCCUCAAGAAGGCUGUGCACGCCUGCUGCCCCAUCUGCCGCCGCCCCAUCAAGGACAUCAUCAAGACCUACCGCAGCUCCUAGCCCACCAUGGUGCCCCACCCACACACCCGCCGCCUCGGACUUCAGCCCAGCUCAGGAGAGGGCCAGGCCCUUCUCUUCUUCCUCAUUUUGGAAACUUUAACCUUCUCCAUUAAACAUGGGAAACCGAGGCCCCUGAAGGUCUGGGGAGAAGGAGGGUAUUAGGCAUGGAGGUGGGGAAAGAAGCCGAUUGCCUGUCAGAGGGGAGGGGAGGAGUCCACACUCUCCCUUUUUUCCAUCUCUGCACCAGCUCUUCCCUGCAUGCUGAGGGGCUAAGUGGGGUCUCAGCCCAUCCUUAUCCUUCCUCAUCUGGGGCAGAUUUCUUGGAGGUCCCUCUAGCCCACUUGGCACCUUUGUGAGAAUUAGAAAAUGUAUCCCUUCCUCUGGGCAGAUGUGUCCCUGAGCCAGGGCUUGUAGCCUGGCCAGUGGAGUAUGUAUGGACUGGACUUCAGCUUCCAUUUGUUCCCUUAGCCAACUGCCCUUGAGCAUUGCACAACCUUCUCAACAGCAGCCCUGGGAAGGCAGCCCUUGAGCUGCUGCCUUACUCUCUGACCUAUAUACCCACGUUCUUCCUCUGUUUCCUGCCCCUUGGGCCUGGCAGCCAAGGGUACAGAGGCCAGUGGGUUCUUCUCACACUGGGCAGGCUGCAGCCUCCAUGCCAUGUCCCUUUCCCAUUCACCAAGGAUGGGUGGAUGGAUAGGCGACAGAAGACUCCAAGUUCUGGGUCCCUGGCCCCAUUCCCUGGCUGAGAUUUGGAGGGCCCCUUCCUGGCCAUAGCCUUUCUGCUCCAAGCAUCUCACUGGAAGCGGGGUAUCUGUUCUCUCAGAGUCUCUAAGGACAGGUUUGCAUCUGUGACCUCUUCUCCUAUAGCUCAUUGCUAUCUUGGACCUGGCUGAGAGGCUGUCAUGUCUCCAGGAGAGGCCAGGGCCCUGGGUUAAGGGUGGCAGAAUGGGUGUAGGGGAGUUCCCUAGGGUAAGACCAGCCUUCUUCUCUAUUUUUAUUUAUUUAUUUGGUUUGUGGGGUUUUUUUGGGGGGGAGGGUUCACAUUCCUUGGACUCCUAGAAAUGCUGCCAUAGUGUGUGUGGUGCCUAGUGAGAGGAGGCACCAGAGGUUGUCAUUAAUCUCCCCCAGACCAGCUCAGCUUACCAUGAAUUAGAACUCUAUAAAAAGGGGCUGAAUUGGGAGGCCUCCUGGCAAAUUGUGUCCAUUUUAUAGAGAGACAAACUGAGCCUCCUUAAUGUCCUGGGGGUGGUGGGUCAGCCAGAACCAUGGAGUGCCCUCCUCCUUGGGUUGGAGCAGGGCUAUCACAGUUGGCUUCAUUAUAUCCAGAGUCCCAGGAGCUCCCCAUCUCACAAGGACAUAAAAAGUUGUGGGAAGGUUGAGGGAGUAGAGCUCAGCUUGCCCCAGGGAACAGAGCUGGGGGAGCCUAGUCAUAGUAGGGGCAGGAGAGGUUUAGGAGAAGCUGUUCUUAGGCUCUCCACCCCCAGGAAAGGUAGGAAGGGAAGGGGCUGGGUCCCAGCACCUCUGGGCUCUUACUCCUGGUUCUGGGGGCGGGAGUGCCCCCCACCUGCUCUUGGACUACAGUCAGCUCAGCCUUGCCUGCCCUGUCCUGACAGGCUGUGGGUGGGGCCAGCUGUCUGAGCUUUGGCCUAGUCAACCCCCAGCCCUCUGCCCACUCAGGUGGCUUUUUGCACCUGUCUGAAUGCUUCUCCCAGUAGCUGACAGAGCAUGGGAUUCUAGACGUGGCCCUUGGCCAGGUCAUAGCCCCUCUGAGCCUCAGCUGCCACCCCUGUAAAAUGAUUGCUUGGGGAUGCGUGUGACUUAAGGGUUCUCUGGUGAGGGGCUGCUACAAGGUGGGGUGGUGGGACAGCCCUGGGGGUCAGGACACUAGCUGGGCCUUUGCUCCUGUCUUUGAGUGGGCCUUUGAGAAGUUGUGGUUCCAAUAUAGGUCUGUACUCCCCAUUUACUGACCCCAAGGAGCCCCUUCUGUGGGAACGGGGUGGGGUAGGGCAGAUGGUGGCUCCAUCUAGUCAGGGGUCCCAUCUCAGAGGCCAGGCAAGGCCUUAAGUGCAGGGGACUGUCUGGCCUGAGGGCUGGGAGAGGGAGCCAUCUGUCCCAUUGUCUGUUAGUGGGGGCAUAGUUGCUGCCUCCUCUGUGAACUUGGGUCGCUGUGAUCGUGAAUAAAGGUGAUUUCGUACCAGC